CUUCCUUCGUCCUGGCCAUGAGAGGCACCGGCAGCGGCAGCCGUGCUCCCCCGGUCCCCCGCUCCGCCGCCCCGGCUGCGCCCCACUCGUCUCCCCGCAAGUGAGGAGCAUGAGGCGAGACCUCGCCGAGUGACGAGGCGCUGUUGCAUCUGCGAUGGAGCCUGGUGCCUGCAGGAUGCCUCUCCUGGCCUCCUCCAUCCACUCGCUGCAGCUAUGGCACUUCCUCCUCCUGGUCUCAGCUGUCCCUCCGCCCGCUGCCUGGUCCCUGCGCCCUCGCAGCCCCGUGGCCACCCGGCCUCUCUGCGCUCGUCGGAGUCCCUCUGCCCACCGGCCCAUUUGCAUCUGGGACAGGACCUCGCUGCCGGAGCGGGAUUUGCGCCUCACGGCGCCGCGCCAGCGGGCCCUGUCCCCCCGCGGUGGGGACCUGCGCCACGCCGUGCGGCUGAGACGCCAGGCAGCGGGGGCCCGGCCCGCCACCCCCUCUGGUUUCGAGGACGGCAUGCCCUCCUCCCAGUACCCCUGGGCCAUCGUGUGGGGCCCCACGGUGUCGGAUGAGGACGGAGGGGAUGCCAACUCAGCCAACCCGGGCUUCCCACCGCUGGGCUACACCUUCGUUUCACCACGGGGCAUGGCGACGGCGCAGCCCAACUCCCACUCGCUGCUGCACAACGCGGGGCUCAACCUCCGCGAGACCCCAGCCACCCUACGGCCGUUCCUGUUUGGGCCCCGGGGGGAAGGUGUGGACCCCCAGCUCUACGUCACGAUCACCAUCUCUAUCAUCAUUGUCCUGGUUGCCACCGGGAUCAUAUUCAAGUUCUGCUGGGACCGCAACCAGAAGCGCCGGCGCCACUCCGGGCAGCAGAGUGGUGGGAGGCAGCAGGAGAGCCAGCAGCCCCUCACGGACCUGUCCCCCACCACUGUCAGCAUCCUGGGGCCCUACGGCGACUCCCUGACCCCCACCCCCGAGGCGGAGGAACCCAGGCAUGGGCAGGAGGGUGUGGAGAAACUGGGGGGCCACGGGAAAAGCACUGCCUUCCAGCUCAACCGAAUCCCACUGGUGAACCUGUGAUGCACACGGGAGAAGCAGAGCUGGCUCCCCCACCCUCCUGUCACAACCGGGGAGCCCACACUUCUGCCGCCUCUGCUACCCCAGGAAAAAAAAAAACAAACAAUCUCCUUGUGCCACGGCCCGCUGCCACCGUUGUUAACUAACUCCACCGGGACGUGCCUGGGCAAAUGGACGAGCUGGGCCUCGCUAGAGUCCUGCGGGGGGAAAGUUGGGGACCCCCCCGAGCAGGACAGGAGGAUGAGCGAGCAGGAUGGUGGGAGGGAAGGCAGCUGGCAGUGGUGUGAAAUCGUAGCCUGCCCUGCCCCUGUCCUCGCACACACGCACACGCACUCUUUGACCUCCGUGACUCUCCCACCAGUGCAUGCCUGACGUCGGGGGUAGGCGAGGUGGAAAGGUGUACCCCUGUCCCCGUGGGCCCGAGCCCCUCUGUGUGUCCCUUUCCAUGUUGUGUGCUUUGACGUGAACGUCUGGAGUUCAGUGGCUGCAGCGAUGCCUGCUGGGGUUCGGUCACCCCGAGCCAGGGCUCAGGUGAUGGCAGGUCCUUCUGUUCCCAAGGUCUUGGCCUUCCCGAGGGUCCCAGGAGUGGGUGAGUCUUGGGAAGAAGAGGCUUAUAUAGCACCUGACCCCCCUCAGCAACACAUUUCCUUGAAGGAAACAUUGCCCUGCCUUUAAUAUUCAUAUCUUCCCAUCUCCUUUCUGCCUAACACUCCUGUUUUCUGUCUUCAGCUUGUAUCUUUCAUCUCUCAGUCCCCAAUGUUUCUAUUCUUUUCUCUCCAUUCCUCCUCCCCUCCUUUCUUGCCAGUUAAGGUUGGAAGAAGUUCCUUUUGCUUUCCAAAUGUUUUGAUCUCUUGGAAGCCUCCUCGCUGUCCCUUUUCACCCCCUCAGUCUACUUCAUCAAGGUUUUAUCUCUACUCUAUGGAGGUGUUCUUUAGAAAAUCAUAGGUGAAGCCUUCUGCCCAUGACGUCAUUUAGCAAGGGUUCUGUCCAUUGAGAUACUGCCAAAGCAGCUAAAAGUGUCACAAGCAGAUAUAGCUGGGCACAAGGAGCAUGAGUUUGGCUGGGCUGGGGUAGGGAAUUGCUUUCGAACACUCCUGUCACAGGCAACAAGCAGCUGAGAUGACUCUGUUUGCCUAGGAUGGCAAAGAGCAAUUUAUAGAUGACCUCGGGAGCGUUUGGAGGGUUGCCAUGUACUGCUGGUAGGUUUCUCCUGGAAUGCCUCGUGAGACAACACUUGCCAAGGGCAUGAGAGAGGGGGUAUCUAUGCUGCAACCAGGCAUGGGAGGCCGAUUUCCAUGACAGUCCAUUGACAAUGACAAUAGUUGCCCUCUCUUGGCUUUUGUGGACACCUUCAAAAAAAUUUACAAACCCACGCUGACAGCCACGGAACUGAAAUGAUGCUGAUUUAGGUAAGGUCACCCCUAUGGUAUACAAACACCUUCAGUUGCUGGGCUGAUUGUGUCCAGAGAUGGGAAACUCACCCACAAUUUGAAGGCUCUAGUGCAUCAUACAAGGUCUUUGACAAAAAGUUUUCUGUCAUCUCAGAGAAUAGGAAAUCGCCUUCCACCCUUU